UAUAUAUAUUUUUUGUAGUUCCAGGACGGAAGUGACGUAAUAGACGUUGUUACGUCCAAAUUCACAACAAACAUGGCGGACGAUCACACAGAUGCAGAUCAGUCCAUGGAGGGACACACACCUGUCUCUGAAAACCCUCACGCAGAGUUCGGCCUGACAGACAACGUCCAGAGGUUGGCGGAAAAUGAAAAGGUGAGCAUGGAGAAGCUAUCGAAGCAGAAGGUGGACCUGCAGGCUUUGCCAACCCGGGCCUACCUGGACCAGACGGUGGUUCCAAUCCUGCUGCAGGGCUUGUCUGUGCUCGCCAAGGAGAGACCUCCAAACCCCAUCGAGUAUCUGGCAGCGUUCCUGCUGAAAAACAAAUCCCAGUUUGAGGAGAGAAACUAAUGUUUCUGGAAAAGUUUCCUAAGUUUGUUUGUUUGUUUGUACUCUGAAUAAACAUUUUUGAUGUCAUAAAUAA